AUGAGGAGGUUUUUCAGAGCGCAUAGCUACAGCGAUGAAGACAACAGUCAGAUCCAGUACCUGACGGCUAAGUGUAACCGCCUGACACAUGAAACAGCAGUGCUGGAGAGGGAAUGCCUGGGGGCCAGGGAGAGAGAGAGGAGCCUGCAGAAUGAGCUGGAGGCUCUGUCCACACAGCUCUGCCAACAGGAGCAGGUCAACAUAGAUUUGAUGUACAAACACGAUGAACUGCUCGGCAGGGUCCAUCAUGAACAGCAACGGGUGCAUCUUGUGGUGGAGGAGAGCUCCAGAGAUGCUGCACUGCUGGGCCUACAGCUGGAACAGGUCAACUCGGAGCUACUGCACCUGCAAAGUUCUGAGGUGCAGCUGGAAGGCCUGGUGGAAGAGCUGCACACUGAGGACCUGCAGAGAGCUGCAUUGACAGAGGACCUUCAGGUGCAGCUGCACAGUAAGGUAUUGGAGUUGGAAGCGCUUCAGUGCGGCUACGCUGCCAGCACCCAGGAGCUGGAGGAGCUGCGCAGCGCCUGCCAGACGAAGGUGCAGGGACUGCAGCGGGAGAACGAGGGCAGCCUGAAGAAGCUCCAGGAGACGGCCGAGCAGUUUGAGUGGCUGUGUGAACAGCAGCGCUACUGGAUAUGCUGCGUCAAGAGAUUCAAAGACUGCCUGUCAGAGGAGAAGGACUCUCUGGUGCAGCAGGUGAAACGGUUGGAGAAGGAGGUAGCAGAGCUGAGGAAGAGCUCAGAGAGCACCACCCAGAUGCUGUGCUGCCCCCUAGAGGACACAGUCAGCCAGCACUGUGACAGAAUGCCCUCUUGGGAAUCCGGUGAGAUGGCUGACCUGCAAACCCAGGUGGACAAAUGGAGAAAGCUGUAUGAGGACCUCUUCAGCCAGUUCACACCCCACCCAGGGGGGCACGUUGUCGACGGAUACCAAAAACCUCCUUGAGGUCAGAAGACCAUGAAAUCCAUCUAUUUUUCUUCAACCCAGUGGAGGCACUCCUAACUUUUGUCUGUUUGUCUCGCUACUCAACUGUUUCUGAGAACCAUACAACCUCCCCGUUCUAUUGUUGUCAUUGUUUAAAUGCCUUGAAACCACUGCAUGACUGUACUGUAGUGUGAUAUGCAACUUAGUUACAGUCUAUUGUCUAUA